UCAAUGGGUGGGUUAGGCAACUCCUCGAUACUUUCUCUCAUCCUGCUUCUCACUUUCUUCAUUGCAGGCUCACUUAUCUGCGCGCUUCUUGCUGCUACCCUCUCGUUGACGGAAGGGAAGUCAAUAGCCUACGUAGUAGAAUCUGGAGACGUCUCGGGAGAUGAGUUUGAAGCCAAGACAGAUAAUCCAGUGGUCAAGACAGCGUCACUUCUACAGGAGGAGGCGGCUAUACUAAAGGCAGAGUUCAAUUCGAACUUCUCGGACGUAGAUGACACAUAUGACAUCAAAUCACCAAUCAAUAGCAUAUCUGAUGGAUGCUUCCCUGGCAACUUCAACAAGUCCAGAUGCUUGAAAAGGAUCGCCACUGGCAUUCUGCAGUAUGUGAAACAGAUGCAAUAUGUCAAGGAGGAAUUCCAGUCCACUCUUGUUGAUGGAAUCAUCCACAGGACCAGUACACUGCAAAACCUCGUCAAAGAUUUGCAGAAACCCAAGGACAGGGCCGAUGAUGACAAAAUUUCCGAGGACAUUCUCCCCAAAGAUAGCCAGUGGGAGAGGAAGACGGUAACGAAAGCUAUCCUGCGUAGCUUUGACCAGUUUCUCAUUGAUGCACAUCGAGCUCUGCGCCACAUUACCCGGACCAGGAAGUUUGGCGAGAGAAGACAUCAGCUACCUCAUGAGUUGACACCUUUAAAUUAACUUGAAAAUAACUUGAAAUGCCCUAUUUAUGUUCUUUUUUUGCACAUUUAUUUAUUUGGUUAUUUAUAUAAUAAAUUAUUGUAUUGUAUUAUUAUAUUAUUUUGUAUGUAUUUGUCUAUUCUAUAUGUAAUCAUUUGACUAUGAUGC